AUGGGUGAUGCUUCAGAGCCUCGCUCGUCCACAUCACAGAACACCACAAUCACAUCAACAUUCCUACCCAACCAAAUCUCUCGUGUGGCCAUCAUCGGCGCCGGGCCCGUCGGUCUCGCGUUCGCGAAAUAUCUGCUUGCUGAGAAGCACUUCUCCGAGAUCGUCGUCUACGAGCAGCGCGAUACCGUCGGGGGUAUCUGGAAUCUCAGCGAUAAUGCCGUUUCGAGAAGUGUAAGCGUGCCACAGCUUGAUCCGUGGUAUGGCACGAGAAGCAGCGGCAGCCGCCGCGAGGAUGGAGGCGGGGAUGGCGACGCUCUCGAGUUCGAGUCGCCGCUCUAUGAUUACCUGGAGACCAAUAUCCCCAAGCAGCUCAUGGCGUACUGCGACGCGCCGUUUCCGAGGUCGGCUCCGCUGUUUCCGCGGCAUGAGGCUGUCUUGGAGUAUUUGGAGCGUUAUGCGGAGGACGUGAAGAGUUUAAUUCGGUUCUCUACGAAGGUGCGUCACGUUGAGCUAGGGGUUGAGGAGUGGGAGGGGAGGAAGAGGGAUGUCUGGUCCGUUAUCUCCACCGAUUUGAGAACGGGCGUUGUCGAGGCUCCAAAGAGAUAUGAUGCACUUGUUGUCGCGAAUGGACAUUAUACUGUGCCUUAUGUACCUUCGAUCGCCGGGCUGCAGGAGUUCAAUCAACGGUAUCCUGGUGUUGUGCUGCAUUCCAAAGCCUAUCGAAGACCUGAGGACUUCAUGGGCAAGAAGGUUCUUGUCGUCGGGAACUCUGCGAGUGGACUGGAUAUCGCCACGCAGAUUGGCAAGUAUGCACAGAAACCAGUGUAUCUGUCCGCGAGAAGCGUCAGUGCGUUUGGAUCAUUGCCGCCUGCUGACUGGAGGGAGGAUGUCGAUGAGGUGGUGGAGUUUCUCAGUUCUGACGAUAGUCCUCGUGGAAUCAGGUUGAGAAGUGGUCGCAUCGAGACAGGGUUUGAUUCUGUGGUGUUCGCGACAGGGUACUUCUACAAUUUUCCAUUCUUGAGAGGCAUCGAUCUGGAAUUGGGUGAGACGCUGAUCACGGAUGGAUCAAGGACAAGAGGUCUCUACCAGCAUCUUUUCCACAUUGAACACCCCAGCCUGGUAUUUCCCGUCAUCAAUCUCAAAGUCAUCCCGUUCCCGCUGGGGCAGAACCAAGCUGCCGUUACGAGCAGGGUCUGGUCUGGGAGGUUGGCCUUACCCCGAAAAGAAGAAAUGAGGAAUUGGGAGCGGGAGACAAUGCAGCAGAAAGGCGACGGAAAGUGCUUUCACCUGAAGAAGUUCCCAGAGGAUGCGGCACAGAUCAACGAGCUGUAUCUGUGGGCAAAGGAAGCGAGGAGGAGGAACGGCUUAGAAGGUGAUGGAAUGGGAAAGCUAGGUAUGCCUUGGGACGAACGGUUGACUUGGAUGAGAAGUCGGUUUCCAGAGAUCAGGGGUGCUUUCACAAGACGAGGUAAGGAUAGAGCCAAUGUUACUCACAUGGAGGAACUGGGGUUUGAUUUCGACGCGUGGUGGGGAGAAGUAAAUCGGGAGGGCAGAAGGGAGGAACUGAAGAUGUUUAGAGAAGCAAAGUGUCCAGCAAGGAGUGAACAGGUAUGA